ACUUUCAGCAAAAUUGUAAUAUAACUCUUCAAGUUAUAAUAUAUAUUUUUUAGAACAGAAAGUGUAAACAACCUGUCCUGUAGUGACACACAUAAGAAAAAUAAAGAUUUGUUAAGUUCUACAAAAAAUAAUUCCAAUAUUCUAAUUUUUGAUAUCAUUUACUAAGUUAAGUCUAAUUCAUCUUUUAAAUGGAUACCGAAGAUUUGGAACUAAGCGACGAAGAGGAAGAAAUAACAGCCGAUGUUGUUCUAAAAACAAUACAAAAUUUAUGGCAAAACGAACGGUUAUCACCUGAAAUAUUACCGCACCGAAAUGACAUGAUAGAAUGUAUGUUAGGUCAGAUUCAACACAUGGAGCGUAAUAUAAACAAACUACCUAAAACUGAUCUUCGGGCUUCAAUACAUAAAAUGGAAUUAAACAGAAUAAAAUACAUAAUUUGCAACUAUCUCAAGACUAGACUUGAUAAGAUAGAAAAGUACUGUAUAACAAUAGUCAAUGAUGAAAAGCAAAGAACAGAAUCGGGGACAAAUUAUUUAACACCCUCUGAGUUCAGAUAUGCACAAGAAUAUCUCCUCAGCAUAGAGCAUCAUUUAAAAGAGACUAUACUUAAUCGUGUCCCUGGGAAUAUGCAAGCUUUUGAAAUUAAUAAAAUGGCAAUAGUACCUGCUCUGCAAUCUCAUGUGUUCUUAAAAGCAAACGAAACAGUAAAUGGUAUUGUUUUAGAGGACCAUUUUGGUGAUCAAGAUGAAGAGAUUGAUUUAGAAGAGGGAUCACAACAUAUUUUGCAGUACAAAUUCAUAGCAGACUUGGUCAAAAAUGGAAAAGUUCAGUUAGUUUAAUCCAUUGGUGGUUAAGCUUGGAAAUCAAAUGAACUAUUUUUGUAACUGUUUUAUUAUAAGAAUUAAAUAUUUUUUAAACUCAA